AUCUUCACGCUUUCUGAGGAGGAAUUCAAAGAGCCAAUUCAAGAUGAAUACGCCAAAGAAAUUGGUGCAUUAUCACCUGCUGAAUUAUACGACAACUAUAAUCCAGGUUUCAAUCAUUUUAAGCAAAAUUCAAUCGUGUUAUUUCGAUAGCCAUUAA